GCCUCCGCUUCUCCUCAGCCGCCUCCGGCGCCGUUCGCUCGCCUUCCUCAGCCGCCGCCCUCCGCCCCGCGGAGCGCUCUCAACCGCCGCUCGCCGGCCCUCAGAGCCUCGUCCUCCGGCACCGCGGGCCGCCCGUCCGGCAUGAAGACCAAGUUCUGUACCGGGGACGAGGCGGAGCCCUCGGCGCUCGGGCUGCUGCUGAGCUGCGGCGGAGGGGCCCCGGCGGCGCCCGGCGCGGGGCAGCCGCAGCGGGACGCGGGCAGCGCGCUCGAGGCCAAGCAGCUGGGGGGCGGCGGGCAGCCGGUGUCCCCGCCGCCCGCGGCCGCCGAGCAGCCCGAGCCCCGCACGCGGCGCAGGGCCUAUCUGUGGUGCAAGGAGUUCCUGCCCGGCGCCUGGCGGGGUCUGCGCGAGGACCAGUUCCACAUCAGUGUCAUCAGGGGCGGCCUCAGUAACAUGCUGUUCCAGUGCUCUCUGCCGGACACCACCGACAGCAUCGGCGACGAACCCCGCAAAGUGCUGCUGCGCCUGUAUGGGGCCAUCCUGCAGAUGGUAUUUUUGAUAAAGCUGUGGAAUGCAAAGAGGUCCUGUAAUAAAGAGGGAUCCGAACAAACUCAGAAGGAAAGUGAAUUUCAAGGUGCUGAAGCGAUGGUCUUGGAGAGUGUCAUGUUUGCCAUUCUUGCCGAGAGGGCACUUGGCCCAAAGCUGUAUGGCAUCUUCCCCCAGGGCCGCCUGGAGCAGUUCAUCCCGAGCCGGCGAUUAGACACUGAAGAAUUAAGUUUGCCAGAUAUUUCUGCUGAAAUAGCUGAGAAAAUGGCCACAUUUCAUGGUAUGAAAAUGCCAUUCAAUAAGGAACCCAAAUGGCUUUUUGGAACCAUGGAGAAGUACCUGACUCAGGUGCUGAGGAUAAAGUUCACUGAGGAGCCCAAAGCAAGGCAGCUGCAGAAGUUCCUCGCUUACAAUCUGCCCUUGGAGCUUCAGAAGCUGCGGUCACUGCUUGAGUCGACUCCAUCUCCAGUUGUGUUUUGUCAUAAUGACUGCCAAGAAGGAAACAUCCUGCUGCUGGAAGGCCGGGAGCACUUGGAGAAGGAGAAGCUGAUGCUCAUUGACUUUGAGUACAGCAGCUACAACUACAGGGGAUUCGACAUUGGCAAUCACUUCUGUGAGUGGGUGUAUGACUACAGCUCUGAGAAGUACCCGUUUUUCAGAGCGAACCUUCACAAGUAUCCCACCAGGAAACAACAGCUCCAUUUCAUUUCCAGUUACUUGGCUGCUUUCCAGAGCAACUCUGCAAACCUCAGAAGUGAAGAGAGAGCAGAUGUAGAAGAAGCAAUGUUGGUGGAGAUCAAUAGGUUUGCCCUUGCAUCCCAUUUCUUCUGGGGACUUUGGUCCAUUGUACAGGCCAAGAUUUCAUCCAUUGAAUUUGGGUACAUGGAGUAUGCCCAGGCCAGGUUUGAUGCCUAUUUCGACCAGAAGAGGAAGCUUGGAGUGUGACUGCAUAAAGAACUCCACCUCCUUCGUCACCGGACUGCGGGACAGCUGCUGGCGGGUCUUCCCAGGCGUGGGCGCCUGCUGCUGCAGCAGGGGUCUCAGUCUGGCUGCAGGCAGGAAUUACGAUAGUCCAGAAAGCGGCAUUCAUGCCUUGGUUCCGAUCUCACUAGGACUCGGGUGGGGGGACAGACACGGUGAAAUAGUGCAAUAGCUCAGACUCCUCGGGUCCACGGUGCACUGUCGGUCAGACAUGACAAGGGUAGACCGCCACAGGGUCCACCCUGGGACCAGGCUUCCUAUAGGUGACGCUCCCAGGACCCAACGAGUGACAUACUGUGAAGUGCCCCACAGCAUAAGCCCCACCAUGGGCCAUCUCCCAGGGGGCACCCGUCCUGUUUCCAGAAGCUGCUCUUCGGUCUGUUGGGCGCUGCUGGCAGACGUGGCUCCUAGGUACCUGUUGUUCAGGUCUGUUCUCUGAUGCGCCUCACCAUGACUGGACGGAACCUACCGCGCCUUCCUCCUGACCGCUAACCCCUAGUGCCUCACUAACUCGAGCCCUACACAGACCUGCAGCUGGCCACGGGCGGUGACCUCCCAGUCCUCCCCUGCUGAGGUGGAGCCUGGUGCUCCCUGGGCAGGGCUGGAGCCCAGAUGUCCCUGAUGUCCCGCUGGGCAGCAGCAGCCUGGUGGGACAGAGUGUGGCAGUGACGGCUGUCAAGUCCCUGUACAGUGGCCAUCCCAGGGGAGUGAGUCCUGGCAGACUUCUCACUCUGAACUUCAUUUUUGUGCAUCUAUCUCUCACAAACUUGUACUUUGUGAAUAAACACGUAACAUGCCUC